AUGAAGACAUUUUUGGUAAUUUUAUCUGUGGCAUUUUUGGCAACAUGUUCAGCUGGACUUUUGGAACCAAGUUUUUCAACAACAGAUGAGCAGGGUGGCUAUCAUUUUGGAUUCAACGAUGGACACCAGGCUCGUCAGGAAAAACGUACACCCGAAGGAGUUGUUCAAGGUGCAUACCGUUAUAUCGAUGCCAAUGGAGAAACUCAAACUAUUACUUACACCGCUGAUAGUCAUAAUGGAUUCUUGGCUUCAGGCACAAAUAUUCCCAAAAUUCCUGAAGUUGUAGAACAGCCAGCAAUUCCUGAUGUUGUUGCUCCAGUUCCAGUUGAAGAGACACCAGAAGUAAAAGCAGCUAGAGCUGAGCAUUUGGAAGCUCACAGAAGGGUUUUGAGUGGAGAAAUUCAGAGUGCUCCAAUUACUUUGAGCCAAGGUCCGGUUCCAGUUCAAUACUCGUACGUUCCCCAAUUACCAGCAGGUCAUGCUUACGCUAUCAAUCAACCAAUUCUUGCUCGAAGUGGAUAUUUCACCUACGGAAGCCAGCCUGCAGUUCAAUACAUAGUUCAAGCUCCUCAAUAUCAUCCUGAUUAUCAGCCAUAUGCUGCUUUGUAA